CUGCAGCCUUGUUCACCGCAGCUGUUCUCGACAACGUCGCUCACAAUCAUGGCUUUUGUCCUCCGGCGCCCCUUUGCCGUGUCAACGGCCUUCCGCCAAAUCCCCAAGUCCAUCAACAACUCCACAGCCGGAAUUCGCUUCAUUCACAAUGCGCCCAAGCAAUCCGCGAAGGCUUCCUCCACCCCGUUUCUCCCCUCCUCCUUCGCCAAAGCCCGACAGAAUUUCGGAGAUGCUUUCCGCCGCACGUAUAUGCAACAGUCGUACCAGGUACAAGAUCGGGGAAAUCUAACUCAGAAGCUCCUCUACGGUGCCGCCAUCGUAGGCGGGACAAUCGUGGCGACGAAUCUGAUAUUCAACCGAGAAACACGGGAAGAUGGCGGGAUGCCGCAGUAUGAGCGCAGUUAUUUGAACGAUACGUUUAUGCACACGGGUUUGGGGGUGGGUAUUAUUGGUAUUGCGGCACGCGCCCUACAUACAAGUGGAUGGUCGUAUAGGCUCAUGCAAGCCAACCCGUGGGCGGUUAUCGGCUUGAGUCUGGUAGCCAGCAUUGGAACUAUGUACGGCACUUUCUAUACCAGCCCUGAGAACUACGUCCAGAAAUAUGCCCUCUGGGCCGGUUUUAACCUCGCACAAGCCGCCGUGCUCUCCCCAUUAAUGUUCCUCCAGCCCGCCCUUCUUGCCCGCGCUGGCUUAUACACCGUUGGCAUGAUGGGUUCCAUCGCUUUUGUCGGUGCCACCGCCAAACAGGAGAAGUACCUGUAUCUCGGAGCUCCUCUGCUCGCCGGUGUCUGCGUCGUUGCCCUCUCCGGCUUCGCUCCCUUAGUCCUCCCAGCCACGGCCACCCGAACACUCAUGUGGUCUGAGCGCAUCUGGCUGUACGGUGGUCUUGCGGUCUUCGGCGGCUUUACACUCUACGAUAUCCAGAAGAUUCUCUACCAUGCUCGUAUGGCGGAACGCGGACUUGUAAAGAGGGAUGUGGUCAACGAGAGCAUCAGUCUCGAAUUGGAUUUCUUGAACAUCUUCAUUCGGAUGGUUCAGAUUUUGGGAAUGAGAGGAAAUAACAACCGGAGAUAAGGGACUUAACGCCGAAUUUUGAAAAACGAUAAAUACGUGUAUUUAUUACGGAGCAUUUAUUUGGGAUGAGUCAUUUCAAUGGGGAGGCUUCCCUCGGGCUGGACAAACUCAUUCGGUCUGAGCGGGGAACGUCCAAUGGUUAAUUUGUAUCUGAAGCCAUUUCUGAUUUCCGGGGCUCCCAGCGAUUGUUGUUUGUGCCCUUCUGCCUUUUCGACUUUGUUCGUUUGGUGGCGCAGUUUUUAUAGACAUGUUUUAAUACCUGGCCAGCUUCGAGGAAUUGGCCUUAAAGACGAGGAAUUAAACCAAUCUCCGCUCAGUCC